AUGUCAACCAUCAAAGCUCUUCUCAACAAGGCUUCCUCCCCUUCCCCAUCCGUAUCUUCGAACACCACCUCACAGACUUCCAGCUCCGGGACUGGUACACCAACACAGUCUCCAGCUUACAGUCCAGCACUACUCUCACCCUUCAACUCCACCCUAGGCCUUCAUACCAAUCAUACCCUCCCGCUCCCGCUCUACCAAGCUCGUCCUAAGCCCAAGAUCGUCAAGGAUGCACCAGUCUUUGCUCCCGGCCCGACGCGCGGACCUGUGAGAUAUCCAGUCCAUGUGUAUACAGGCACAGAAGGAAAAGACACCAACGAUCAGACAACCACCAAGACCACCACUUCGUCAGUGUCCUCUGACACCAAGAGCAACAAGUCUUCCAUCUCCUCCUUCUCCUCGCGUCGGUCCUCUGCUACAAGUCUCGGCAAGGCCAGCAACAAGAAAUCCACUAAGUCACCAUCAUCAACAUCAACAACCAAGGUCCAAGCGGUCGCUCAGAACAAUGUCAUCUCUCCGCAGACACUGCAAGCAUACCACGAUAAGUUCUCCGUCUUCCCUGCUCAGGCCAACAUUGCAGAGUUUCCUCGCCACAUCCCUUACAACAGCGAGAAGCGCGUCUUCCUUGAGGCAACUGGACGGGACUUCUUUGAGGUCUAUCAAUUCACCUUCAAGAUCCCUUCUGCUGGCGGCGACGAAGAAGGUCAUGCUGCUGGCGAGGGCAAUGAGAAGAUGUGGACGAUGUUGUGGGAUUACAAUACGGGUUUGGUGAGGACGACGCCGCUGUUCAAGUGCUGUGGGUACGGCAAGACUACACCAGCCAAGAUGCUGAACAAGAACGUCGGUCUUCGUGACAUCUGUCACUCGAUCACUGGUGGUGCGUUGGUUGCUCAAGGCUACUGGAUCCCAUACCUCGCCGCUAAACAUAUCGCCGCCACCUUUUGCUACCGCAUCCGCCACGCCCUCACACCAGUCUUCGGCCUCGACUUCAUCGACUUGUGUGUCCCGCCUUCUGAUCUGAGAUUUGGCAUCGCUGACGGAAUCUUCCCAGGCAUGCUCAUUCCCCCGUCCGUCACCCAACAAUGCACGACUGAAGCCGCACUGUACAAGCAAUACGAAGCCGACCACCCCACCGUCCGUCCCGCUGCAGGUACAGGCGGACUUUCUAGCCGUUCCGGCAGUCCACGACCACCUCGCGCUCUCACUCCUAUCGCUCCUGCUCCACGCUCGCCAGUCUAUCGGCUCGUCGAUAACGAGCCCUUCCGUUGCGCUACUCCCUCUGCUACAUACAGUGGUAGUCAUGUUGUCAAGCCAACUCUGCGCUUCAAAGCCAUCAACUCGCGCCCCCUCACUGACGUUAGUGCUGCGGAGAGCGAUGCAGUCACAUCCAUCGAUGAGGAUGGCGACGAUGACGAUGAUGAGUACCUCAGCCCCGCCACUCAUCACUCACACCCCAACGCCUCAACUCCUCACUUCCGCAACGUGGCGUGGCGCAACACCAAAGCCCGUCGUGGUCGCCCCACCGGCAUCAAGACUGUGCCGCGUUCUCACCCUGCUGGCGAUGACGACAACGAAGACGACGAUGGAGCCACCAGCCCAAAGAGUCUUGUCUCCACCAGCACCAACAAGUCUCGCGCCAGCGGCAAGAGUGCUGGGUCCAAGCGUGACUUCGCUCAGUUCGAUGAUCAGGGCCUUGACUUCCAACACGCCGCGUAUGCUCAUGGUGGUCUCAGCGCGUACUCCUCCCCGAUGAACAGUCCCAAGCUCCGCAAACUCCACCAACACCAACAGAACCAGCGCCAACAGCUGCAGCGUCAGCAGCAGAAGGAGGUUCAAGAUGCUGUCAUGCAGGAGUAUGAGGAAGAAGGCUAUGAUGCUGAUGAGGAGACUUCGGCUGACUCGAAGGGUGGCAAGGCCAUGAACCAGACGGAGGUCGAUGCUGCGAAAGCGCUGUUGGGGCUGAAAUGGGGAAUGAAGAUGAGUGAUGCGGGACGGGGACGGGCUGCUAGUGCUUGA